AAGAACUUGCGUUUUAAAAUAUGAACUUGGAAAAACUGCAUAUUUCUUACUCGUAACUCUUCUAGAGAUAUACAUAGUAUAAAAAAUCUUAGGAAAACUAGAUUUAUCUAGCAUCAAAACCUUUUAAUUUUUUCCCUGCCUGGGAAUUUUUUUUGAUGUUUAUUGGAUUUUUGGCCCAUCUUGUUUAUACUCCUUAUGAAUAUCAACGUUUUGGAUAACUCGGCCAGAUGCAACUUUCUUCCCAGACUGAACUGACCUGGAUACACAACAUGCACAACAGCACUGCUGAAACUCCGCAUACGGCUGGAACGGGUAAUGAGACUUUGUCCACACAGUCACCGAGCUCCGAGUUUUCACUGGGCGUGCUGGUGCUGCUGGCUUUCCUCAUGGUGUUGCUAGCUCUGGUCACCAUCCUUGGAAACAUCCUGGUGAUCCUUGCUUUCAUCAUGGACAGAAACCUCAGGCAUCGGAGUAACUAUUUCUUUCUCAAUCUUGCUAUUUCUGACUUUGCAGUGGGUGCGUUCUGUAUGCCUUUGUACAUCCCUUAUGCCCUGACAGGGACGUGGCACUUGGGAAGAGGCCUGUGCAAGAUCUGGCUAGUUAUGGACUAUCUCCUGUGCACAGCUUCAGUGUUUAACAUCGUCCUUAUCAGCUAUGACCGUUUCCUGUCAGUUACAAAAGCUGUAUCUUACAGAGCCCAGCAGGGACUAACGUCUAACCCUGUUGUCAAGAUGGUGGCCAUCUGGGUCUUUGCCUUCCUCCUCUACUGCCCGGCAAUCCUCUUUUGGGAGCAUGUGGCCGGACACAGUGUGGUAGCGGCGGAUCAGUGCUACGCCGAGUUCUUUGACAACUGGUACUUCCUCCUGUGCGCGUCCACCCUGGAGUUCUUCGUGCCGCUGCUCUCAGUGGCCUACUUCAACAUGCACAUCUUCCAUGACAUCCAGAGGCGCCAGCGGCACAGCAGCACGCAGGACUGUGAGCCUCCAAGGAGCAGCAGCCUGUCCUGGAGAUUUUGCUUCUUGCCAAGGCCGGGAGCAUCUUCUCCUCCAUCAGAAGCAGAGGACAGCGUUUCAUCAUUAACAAGGUCAUGGAGACCAGCAGUGAUGGGUAACUGUCCAUCUCCAACACAAACAAGUCCCACGGCUCUCAAAAAGGACUUCUCUGUUUCUUUCCGCUCAAGGACUGGGUCAAAACUGCAGCAGGACAAGAAAAUUGCUAAGUCACUUGCCAUAAUUGUAUGUGCCUUUGCCAUUUGCUGGGCCCCAUACACUUUGCUAAUGAUUAUUCGUGGGGCCUGCCAAGGAACCUGUGUCCAUAACUCCCUGUAUGAAAUAACCUUUUGGCUUUUGUGGCUCAAUUCCUCCCUGAAUCCAUUUCUCUACCCUCUCUGUCAUAUGAGGUUUCGAAUGGCUUUCAUGAAAAUAUUAUGUCCCCAAAAGCUUGCAACAUUGAGAUCAGGUAACACACCUUCUUUUUAGAGAGUUAAAAUGAAUGACUUACAGAUAAGGUUCCUCUCUUAUUUAGUGCUAUUUUUUCAUAUGUAUCUCCAACAGAAAUAGAGAAAAGACUUUUGUUUACUAAUGGCAUUGGUUAAGAGUGCAGCAGAGGUAUGUAUUUGCCCUGAUUUUGCUAGUUUUUGAAAUCUUGUUUUUGUUUUUGCUGGUAUGAUGCCAGGUUAAACACCAUCUAAUGCAUUGAAAAGAAUAACAAGUUUUGCUGGAUGUCCUUCUUGGUUUGUGGGUUUGAGGUACUUUUUUCUUUACUUUUUUUUUUAUAUAUAUGUAGAGCUGGUACUAUGAAAGAACUCUUCUGUACAGGUUCAUUGGAGGGAGAUACCUGUUUGUGUAUGUGCUGAGUUAAAAUUUAUGUCCUAUUUGUGAACCUAAAGCUAUCAGUGAAGGAGCAGUUCUGCUACAUUUUCGAAAGGUUGUAUGAAUACUCACAGGAGCAGUAUAAUUUUGUUUUAAAAACUAUUAUGAAGACAAGAUAGUGCCCUUGUAGUCAUUAUAAUGCCCACAGUGAGCAAUAUGCAAGUCAAUGGACUGCCUAAUCCAGCAUAUCUGUCCUUUUCUGAUUUUAAUAUAGUCCAUACCUGGUGUUGCAGGACACAGUACACAUAAUUUAGUAAUUCUGGAUGAUUGUCAGAGAAUGAAAGUUUCCAUGGUAAUGGAAUUUUGAGAUUGGUUAUCAGAAUUGUCACAGGCAUAAAUGGUUGUUAUUCUUUUCACCAGUACUGUCUUUUCUCCUGACACUGGCUGCCUCUUUGGUCGUGCUUAAAUGAUAUUUAGUGCCAGAAUUGUGCACUAUUUGAUUACCUAAAAGGUAGGCCAGCUUGGGUACAUGGUCACAUUCCUGUUGAAUUAGCAGAGUAAGCAAUACAAAGUUCACACUGGAUUUAUGAUUUUGGCUGGCUGUGCGAGAAUAGACAAUACGCUCUUGGGUGUAAAGCUUUGCAAGUGCAAAGAUAUUCCAUCAAAAUGUCUGGAACAAAUUUGAACUGACAGAAUGAUUUUUAUACUAGAUCAGGUCUUUGUGUCCUGUUACUGUGACAUUAUGUGGAUUUUCUCUGCCACUGAACCACUAUCAAACUGGAUUUUUUCUAUCACUGAACAAGGGUCAUAUUAGCUGCUUGAGAAUGGGAUUCACAGAGGUCUGAAAGCUGACAUAGAGGCAUCUUAAGCAGCUGUUAAUAAACAAAGCAGUUGAAUAUGCAGUGCUGAAAGGAGUGCGUAGAUGUGUUGGAGAAGGCAAUGGAGCUUGAUUAUAACCCAUUCCAUGUGUCAAAUUUUCUUACCUUGUGUUGGGUGUUGCAACUCACCCAGAAGGCUUUCAUGGAUGGGUAAGUGAGAGUCACUGGUAAAUUUUUUUCCUCCUCUUUAAUAUAAUUUUCUUUCCUCUUUGUAUAGACAUAGAAAUGUAUAAAAUAUGGAAAGAGAAAUCUGAUUCACAAAACAAUGAAGAACAAUAGUCAGUUUAAAUAGUAUUUUUUAUCUAAUCUGAAAUUGGCUGUACAAAUGUUGCAAAAGCAAAGUAUUCCUUUGCAAGCACAACUCAAAUGCAUGUAAGCAGCUUAAUCAUAGCGCAGAAGUUUAUGGCUUUGAGGAGCUAGAAUGCCAUUCUGUUCAGAGGUCUGGAACAGAAGACUUCUCUUGCCAGUUUUUACACUGGUGGAAGAUUAUCUUUUACCAUUCAUUCUCGUUAUGCUUCCUUGCCUCACAUGGACAAUGUUAUGGAUUGUAAGCCUGAUUGCUAAGACAGAUACAGCUUCAGGAGGAGGUCAUUGAUUCAGCACAGCUGUUUUCACUCUUAUGAGCUAAGGUGCUGGCAUAGGUUUUGUGGGGUUUGUUUUUCUGUGAGGCUUAAAAAACAAAACAUACACAUUUAAAACAUUUAUAGAAUAGCUGGUAUGCUAAAUAAACAUCUGUUAGGAAGAGAAGCUGAAGGUAGUCCCAAAAUGGGAAAGUAUUUGAGUUGUCUGCUUUUCUAUCCCUAUGCUUAUAAUGUAAAAGUUCAGUUUGCAUUUUGUGAUUAAAGAAUGUGUUGUUUACUUUGGAAAAACAGCCUACAAAAUUAUUGACUAGGUAAACUGUAUCUAGCCACAUUUUGUAGUACUGGAAAACUAGUUUGUCAGGGAGCACAAUGUGCAGCAAAUUUGAAACCACAUAGAGUAGUGAAGCUACUAGAGAUUAAUGUUUUUGAUGAUGUUCUAUAUUACACACACAGUGUUCAAACUGUUUUGUCACACCAUUCCUGUAUACUUGAAGAAUUAGUGGUAUCUCUCUAACUGUUGAAAAUUUUGCUUAGUGCUCCCAGGGUAAGUCAAGCACUUAGUUUCUGUGCUCACAGCAUUAAAGCUGUCUUGGUCAAGGUGGCAUCCUAAGUCUUCUCCCUAUCAGAUAUUUUGCAGGGUUAUGGUAAGAUACUUAUUCAGCAUUUGUUCUUGGGCUUACCUUUCAUGCACUGACACAAAUGGACUAUGCUUGCCAAAGUGAUUUCUAAGCCAAGUCUCUCUAUCUACUCACUCAUCCAUUUCACCAUUUCAUGUCCUUGAACUUUCUUCUGUCUUUGCAGAUGUCCAACAGGUCUUGUAAAUACAUGGUGACAGCGGGUGUAUGAGUCUGUGAGGUUCAACUCAAACCACAACAGUGUUUUUCUAACUUGACCCUCUCAGGUCUUAAAAAAAACCUCAAACAAAUAAAACAUACAUGUUGGAAGAAAUUGUGUUAUCUUUUGUUGGUUUUUUGUUUGUUUUUUUUUUUAUUUCUGGGAUGAGUAUUUAACCAUCAUGAU